AUGGAGACUGAUGAAGUAAAUGAAGAACAUAAGCCGCACGGACCUGCUCCCUCACAUGCUGCGAACGAAACAGUAAAGAGCCUUCAAUUAACAGGAGCAUAUAUUGACGCUAUAGACACACUUGUGGACCACACACACCCCCCUGCAAUUGUUAAUCAAUCUGAAUUGGCUUCUGAUGUUUUAAACAUUUUGUGUGGAGGUCGAGGGAGCUGCAGGUACGUUUUCCAAAAUGGCGAAGGUUCUGAUCUAAAAGCUCACUUCGUCCUUGAGCACUAUGUCGAUGGGUACUGGCUGCUUUGGAAACUCAAAGAUGUGCCUCUAGAUUUCUCAAACUCCUUGGACAGGCGGGCAAUCACAACUUCAUCAUCCUCAUCACGGAUUUCCUCGACGCUAUCUAAUUGGUUUGAUUUACAAAUUCCUGACCUCUUAGAUCUGUGGAAAGAAGACAGGCAAUUGCACUCUGCGCGGGAUCCUGACGUGCUUGGCGAGCUAGACAUGGGCCCAAGAAACAAGCGACUUUUACGCGGCAAUCGCAAGGGAGCUAUAGAUAACAGCAACCAAGAUCCCCGAAUCUAUCUCCAGAGGAAAUAUUAUGAGACCGUGUUUUCUUUUCAUAUCCCUCUCGCUUACUUUGUGAAGUCAAACUUGCCGAGGACCAAGGUCAUGACUCAAGAUCAGGAGCAACUAGGUAGUAGCAGCAUGUAUCAGAGACUUCUGGCCGAUUUCCUGUUGACAGUGGACGAAUUUGAUGCAAGACACAAAGAUAAUAUCAUGGAGACCGACUUAAAUAGUGAAAUCUGCUCCGAGGUGCGUCAGAACUGCCUAAACAAAGUCGGUGAUCUUAUAGUUUCAGGAGGGCCUACUGUCUUGUCAAAUCUACUAUUAGUUUACAAAGUCCGUGAACUUAGGCUACAAAUCAUUAUACUGAUAGAAUUGAUUGUUUCAAGUAGCAUGGAUGCUAAUCUCGCAAAUUUCGAAGAAAGAUAUGGGGACAGACUACAAAAGCGGGCCAAGAAAGUGGCAAACAAAGGACUUUCCUCAAAAUUGCGUCGCAAAAAGGCCCACAAAACAUCUAGAACCCUGUCUCUCGACUACUGUGAACAGCUGGACAUUUAUUUAGACAAGCUGUCCAUCAUAGACAUGAUGUUAGUGAAUGAUAUAAGCAUCAAAAAGAUUGAACCAAAUAACAACGAUGCAGCUAAGUCUGCCAUAGAACGAAGUCAGGGCCUAAUUAGGAGCAUGGCUAACCCAGGCCAAGAGUCUUCAAGUUAUGGUUUUACAACUUACGUCCUUUUACCCUACUACAGGAAAAGAGCUCCUCAUGCAGUGUCCUUUGUGUCCAAGAGGUUGAAAAGCCCUCGAUUCCACCAUUCUUCUAAAAUCGAGAAAAAGCAGGCUUUGGGGGCAUCUUCUGAAAACCUCCGCGAAGCUUAUACCGGGCAUGUUCCCCCAAACUCCCCUCCACCUGAAAGCCAUGCAAAUAUCACACCAUUACCGGCCUCACCACAGGCAAGUGAUCAAUGCAGAACGUCUGGCAAGAUUCAUAAAAGAACCGUUUUGUCGCAACGCCCCCCUACCUUAAUUUCCAGAAGUAAUUCUCAACUUAGUGACAUCUUGGAGUUCGAAUCCGGGCAUAUCAAAAAGCAUACGACGGUAGGCCGUGGAAAUUCGGAUCUCAUUCUCAAUAAAUUACAAAGGCGUCAACUACCGGCGAAUGAACUGGUCAUACCAGAUGGCAAAGUCACUGUGAAUCGAUCUAAGUCGGAAUUAAGUGGCCUUCGAGAAUCAUCUAUUCAAGAGCCGGUACUGGAUAGGAGUAUGACCUCUGGAACCUUCCAACGAAUGAGGAGGCGGAGGAUUGAGCCUAGGAAAGUCAAGUCUACACUAGAGAUCAAUGGCCCAGUCCAAGUUGAAGCAACCCCGCAUGCGAAAAAAGUAAUGGACAACGCGUUCAUUAUCCCGAACCGUCAAAUCGUAGAGUCCCCUUCAGGCUCUGCUUCUAAAGGGCAAGAUAGAUCACUUCAAGGGGCCCUACCAACUUUUCCAUUUAUCAAUACACCCUCUAAGUCCUCUGUUGACUUUCUACAAGUUCCCGCGAGCAGUUCAAAAGCUACUCAAAGCCAGACUGGCGUCGUCAAUUCCGAAAAGGUCGAAAAGAGGAGAGUUCGCCGGCGAUUGUUUGCCUCAAAAUAG